GUGCACAUCCUCCCUGCUCCUAUGUCAUCUCCUUCUUAACCCAAAACUCUUCAGUUUACCACACAGCAUUAGCAUAUCAUUAAUAUGGCUGACCCCGGCACUACCAUUGAAUAUAUCGAAUCGCCAGAGGCUUCACCUCAGAGUCCUUCAUUGCGCAUUCGCAGAUUGGAGUCUGAACUGGCUGAAGAGCAGCCUGAACAUCCUCUUGAUCCCUCUACUUUCAAAGCACCUGCACCAUUCCCUGCGCCUUGCGUAGUUGUCGAGUUCUGUGAUAGGCUUCAAUUUAGGCUUCACAGAGCAAGCUGGGUGUCUACAGAACUCUUUCUGACAUUCCCCAGUCCUGCUUUGAAGGCCGUGACCCUCAUGCCACUCAAUGAGGAUGAAACCGCGGGACGAUUCCGAAUAUGGCUUUAUUGCCAUGGCCAAGACCCUAUCCUGGUCUGGGACAGAAAGGUUGAAGGUGGGUUUCCGGAGCUUAAAGUGCUGAAACAACGCAUUCGGGACCGAAUCCAGCCUGGAGUGUCCUUGGGGCAUUCUGACCAUUAAAACAGGCAUGGUUGCAAUUUGGAUAUUUACACUUGUAUCUAUGGAACAGCCGAUUGUAGCCAUGUAGCGUCACCCCUCACUGUACAAUAUUUCACACGAAAUGGAUAACAACACAAGCAUAUCGCUUCGGAUUGUAGCAAUUCAAUACUAUU